AUGGAUAUGUACGUGUUUGCUCACCCCGUCUCUUCCCCACCGUCACCUCCCUCCUCAUCAACCCCUGCACAACACUCUGCAUCCGCGGCAUCCGGGGGAUCGUCGACCGUUUUUGCGGCUGCGAUGAACCUGGAACGGGAGAUGGCGUGGAACGCGCACUUGUCAAGUGGCCGUACGACUCCCCCGACGCAGAGUAGUACAAUCUCCCGUUCUCGUCUCGGAAUGUGUAUUGCUGGGAGCUGGGCCUGCGGGUUGGCUGCAGCGAUACGGUUGAAGCAGCUUGAGCGUGAAGCUGGGUCGUCACAAUCUCUCCGUGUAGUAGUACUCGAAAAAGGCAGCGAAGUCGGUGCCCACAUCGUCUCCGGCUGUGUCCUCGAACCACGAGCUCUCCAUGAUUUAUUAGGUCCCGACCCGUCUCAAUACGAACAGAUCUACAACUGCGGUCAACCCCCGCUCGGUAUGAACAAUCAAGGGAAUUUCGUUAUUUCGCUGAGUGCGUUGACGAGGUGGCUAGGGAGAGUCGCGGAAGAGUAUUAUGGGGUGGAGAUUUAUCCGGGGUUCGCGGGUGCGGGUGUGGUGUUUAGUGAUGAGGGUAUCAGAGUCCGCGCCCACGGGUCCCUCACCAAAACCCUCAUCACCAAAUACCGCCUCCGCAACGAAAGCGAUCCCCAAACCUACGGCUUCGGCCUCAAAGAAAUCUGGCGACUCCCCGACUCCCACCCCCUAUACACCCCCGGAUCUAAACACCUACGGCGGGGGUGGGUAUACCACAUGGAUGCCAACCUCCUGUCUAUCGGUCUCGUCGUGGGCGCGGACUGGGAAAACCCGUAUCGGAGCCCGUAUAGGGAUUUUCAAAUGAUGAAGCAUCAUCCGUAUAUCCGUCGUUUGUUAUCCCCCGCAACGCGAAUCGCAUACGCCGCACGUGUACUAACGAAGGCGGUCUCCAAUCGCUCCCCCUUCUGCACUUCCCGGGUGGCGCACUCAUCGGGACGCCGCCGGCACCGUCAACGUCGCGAAGAUCAAAGGCGUGCACACCGCAAUGGGGAUGGGGAUCCUCGCUGCCAGGGUGUUUGGGAUGGGUGUCAACAACAGGCUAACGAAAACGACCCCAUAGAUACAUCCCCCUACACCACCUCCUUCCUCUCCUCAUGGAUCCACACCGAGCUGCACGAAACCCGAAACCUACGCCCCUCCUUCUCCUCCUCGUCGGUGCUCUCGAAACGCGGUCUCGGUGUCCUCGGGGGUGUGUUGUACUCUGGCGUGGAUACGUUGUUGUUGAAAGGGAGAACACCGUGGACGUUUAGACAUACUAAGAACGAGGAAGAGAGGAGGGAGAGUUUGGAUGGAGGAAGGAGUUUAGACUCCCUAAGAACCGAUCCAUCCACCGCCCACACCCCUAUCCCCUACCCACCCUUCGACCCACCCCUGUCCACGGACCUCCUUACUUCACUCAUGUUGACCGGUACUUCCCACGAAGAAGACCAACCAGAACAUCUGAGGUACGCGGGGUUACUCGCUAGAGCGUGUCCCGCGGGUGUGUAUGACGACGGCGAAUCCUGGAACGGCAAAAAACUCGUAAUCAACGCACAAAACUGCAUACACUGUAAACUCUGUGAUAUCAAAGUCCCGUCGCAGGAUAUAACGUGGACUGUCCCGGAGGGCGGGGGUGGGCCGAAGUAUAUCGAAAUCGGGUCGGAAAUAGUGGUCGAUAAGUAUGUACAUCGUUUCAACAACGACGCCAUGGAGGGGACCGAUGAGGAAGGGGGUCGAUGA